AUGGGCCCAGGCAAGACGGCCAACACCUAUCCACUGAGUCGAGACUUCCUAGCCUCUUCUCGAUUACACCUACAACAUCAGGCUUGGAUUGCGUCUUUAGGCUAUCAUCUACACCCUUCCAUCCCCAUCUCGGACAAUACAAUCAUCGCAGACAUCGGAUGCGGCAAUGGAAUCUGGUCCGUCGAACUCGCAAAGCAGCUCCCUACUGGAGCAAAGAUUGAGGCAUCAGACAUCAGUCUCGCACAAUGUCCACCUCGCGGAUGGUGGCCAAGUAACAUAACAUUCGGCGAGCUGGAUAUCUUUGCCCCACUGACUGAGCAAAUUGUUGGCCGCUUUGAUGUCGUAAACAUCAGGCACUUCAUCUGCGUCGUGCAGUCCGGAGACCCUACAAAACUGAUCACGGCUCUUGUCAAGCUACUCAAGCCAGGAGGAUACCUGCAAUGGCAAGAGUUUGACUUGAGCUCGAGCAGGCUGGUCGUCGUCGAUUCAGAAGAUCCACCAGAAGCUAUCGCGCCAAAGAUGAAUGCAUUGGUGAAGGCAGUAAGCGCAUUCGGAGCCCAGACGAAAUGGAUCAAAGAGCUUCACACAUUCUUAAACGGUCCUGAGAUCGAACUCAUCGAGCAUGAUCGAAACUGGACCGCGAAAGAGGCCAUUAUGCUGAAGCAGGACAGUGGUUAUCUGGGAAGUCGCGAAUUGAGAGUCAACAAUGCAAGCAGUGAGCAAGCAGCGCAAUUUGAGCAGCUUGCAGAUGCCGCUUACGAAGAGUGCCUGCGACUGGGUAGGAGAAGUCUCGUAGACUCUGAGAUGGUGACGUGGGUAGCACGGAAGAAGUGA